AUGUCUAGUCAGCGUCUGGUCUUAGGUCUCCCGCGUGUCUUGCCGUCGCUGCCGCCGUCCCUUGCACCACCGUGCGGUCCUUGCGUCGAGGGUCGGCUGCGCGCCACCCCUCACUCCUCCUCCCUUCGUCCGGCCACCGAGCCGUUUGAGACGCUUCACUUGGACGUCUGGGGCCCCGCCUCUCGCCUUGGCCCUGAGCGUGAGCGUUUCUUUCUGGUGGUCGUUGACGACUACUCCCGCUACACCACGGUGUUCCCCCUGGCGAAGAAGUCUGAGGUGACUUCUACGCUGAUCAGGUGGUUGCUCACCAUCGCGAACACUCGUGGUCGUCGUGUUCGCCGUCUUCACUCCGACCGCGGGGGUGAGUUUCGCUCCGGCAUUCUCGCUGGAUUCUGUCGCGAGCAGGGCAUUCGUCAGUCCUGGACGCUUCCAGAGUCCCCACAGCAGAAUGGGGUUGCUGAGCGCCGCAUAGGCUUGGUCAUGGAGAUCGCCCGCACCUCCCUGACUCACGCCCGUGCCCCCCAUUUUCUGUGGCCUUACGCGGUUCGUACUCCUCUGACUUCACCUUUUACCACCCUCCCUCUCACCGGUUCUUUGACUCCCGUGACGUUCGAGGAGUCCACCCCCUACUACGUCAGGUACCCCUGUCGAGGUCUCCCGGUUCCUCCUCCCCCCCUCUUCCUGACUGCCGCUCCCCCUCCUGCUCCCCCGGUACAGCCUCCCCCCCCUGGUCCAGCCCCGUCAGGUGUGUCCCAGGCUACCCCUCCUCCUUCGGUAGCCCCUCCGGUACAGCCUCCCUCCCCACAGUCCUCCUCGCAGCGUGCCGCAGGUGCUAGCUCUCGAGAGGUUGGUGCUGAGCCUGUUCCUGUACCGGUUUCUGGUUCUGGGGGUGCUGGAGUUGGAGCUGAGCCGGUGGGUGCAGAGGACUCUUGUCUUCCGGGAGCUGGUGCUGGUCGCGCGGACACUGGGGGUGCUCCGUCUGGGGGUGAGGGUGCGCCUCCUUCGGGUUCUGGUGAGCCUGGGUCUGGAGCUGGUGUUGGUGCUGCCUCUGGGGGUGGUGCGCCUGGUGCUUCAGAGGUCGACUCUGGAGCUGUCGCUGCCCCGGACACUACUCCGCCCCCCCACCCCUACCCGACUAGGCACCAGGCUCGUGUUCGCCGUGCCCGUGAGGAGCAGCUGGCGUUGGAGAGAGAGGAGAGGGAGUUACAGCGGCUGGAGGAGCAGCAGCAGCAGCUGGAGCCGCAGGAGGAGCAGCAGCAGCAGCAGCAGCAGCAGCAGCAGCAGCAGCAGCUGGAGCCGCAGGAGCAGCAGUCACAGCAGCAGCCGCAGCCGCAGCAGCAGCAGCACCAGCCGCAGCAGCAGCAGCAGCAGCCACUUCCUCCUCCUGUCUCGGGUCUUCGGACCCUUGGUCUCCCCUCUCGCUCUCCUCCCUCCUCCCCCUCUCCUCCUGUCUACGGUCCCACGUUUCCUCCUCCUGACUCCUCCCCCGCUGUUUUCCCCAGUUCUCCGCCUUUGUCGUCUCCUCCUCCGUCUCGUACUUGGGCUACUCGUCGCUCCCCUCGUGCUCGUCCCUCGUCCCCUGUUCCUUUCACUGACCUUCGUACUGUCUUGUUACGUUCUAGUCCGCCUCGUUCGGCUCCUCCUGUGCUUCCUUCUCCUCCUGAGUCGGCCCUCACAGCUUCUCUCUCUACCCCUGUCACUGACUACUACCGCACGUACCGUCUUGUUCUCUCUCGUGUUCUCGCCUCUCUUGUUACCCACCCUCGUGCCUCUUUGUCCUCUGUCUCUGCUCUUACUGCCACGGUCACUGAGUUUGCCUCUACUCGCCGCCUUGACUACGCCACCACUCUUGUGGCUGCUCCUCCUACCAGUCCUCUGGCCGUCGGGGGUGUGUCUGCCCUUGGCUGUGACGUCCUAGAGGACAGGCAGUUUGAGCUAGAGUUCCUGGCAGCCGCUUCCCCUCAUCUCUGUGCCAUGCUCCUCACCCCUGAGGGUGACCCCGACGCCCUUGACAUUCCGACUCCUCGCACUUACGCUGAGGCAGUGUCAGGGCCUUGGGCCUCUCAGUGGAGAGCUGCCAUGGACGCAGAGAUGGCCUCCUAUAGAUCCACAGGCACCUACGACAAUGAGGUUCCUCCCCCUGGGACGAACGUAGUCGAUGGCAUGUGGAUCUACAGGGUGAAGCGGUCAUCGGGAUCUCCUCCGGUCUUCAAGGCGCGCUACGUUGCUAGAGGUUUCAGUCAGCGCGAGGGAGUCGACUUCUUUCAGACCUUCGCGCCGACCCCGAAGAUGACCACUCUUCGGGUGUUACUGCACGUAGCAGCACAGAGAGACUACGAGUUACACUCUCUCGACUUCUCCACUGCUUUUCUUCAGAGCAGCCUACACGAGGAGGCCCCUCGUGAGUGGCACGACACUCUCCGCUCUACCCUCUCUGACCUUGGGUUCCAGCCGUCUUCUGCCGACCCGUCGCUGUUCGUUCGCCGUGGCUCCACACCGUUCUUCGUUCUGGUCUACGUCGACGACCUCGUUUUCGCCACUGCUGACAGGGUUGCUUUGGCAGACGUGAAGUCCGAACUGCAGAAGAGACACACGUGCACUGACCUUGGUGAGCUGCGCCAUUACCUUGGGCUGCAGAUCACCAGGGACAGAGCUGCUCGCACCAUUACACUCUCACAGUCACACAUGGUGCAGCAGGUCCUUCAGCGGUUCGGGCUUCAGCACUCCACAGUACAGCGCACACCUCUUGCUGUUGACCACAGACUCACUGGACCCUUUCCUGACGAGCCGUUCGAGCCUAGUGGUCCCUACGCAGAGCUUGUGGGUUGCCUCAUAUACCUGAUGACUUGUACUCGCCCGGACCUCGCUUUCCCUCUCAGCAUCCUUGCGCGCUUUGUUGCGCCAGGGAGACACCGUCCUAUUCACUGGACAGCAGCUGUGAGGGUGGCGAAGUACCUAGCGACGACAUCAGGCGUGGGGCUAGUUCUUGGAGGGCAGCAGUCUGUCGUACUUACUGGUCACUGUGACUCUUCUUACGCUGACGACGCUGAGACUCACAGGUCUACUCAGGGGUGCUGUAAUAGUCUGGGUUCUGGAGCUGUUUCCUGGCGGUCCACGCGCUCCUCUUCGGUCUCGACCUCUACAGCUGAGGCUGAGAUCUACGCUGGUGCCAUGGCGGCAUAG